UGUGUCUGUGUGUGUCAGCCUUCACCAUAGACCAGGUCUCCCUGGCAUUGGCUCCUGGCCCUAAGGUGGAGACAGGAACCAACGUGACGCUGCGGUGCCAGGUCCAGGUCAGCCACAGUUCCCACAGUUCCCCCCAGCGGAUGGUCCACCUCUUCAGCUUCCUGCUCAACCAGGGCCAGGUGCUCUACGCCAAGAACAGCAGCGAGGGCCAGGUGGAGUUCAGCUUCGCCCCCGCCCGCGCCGCCCACUCGGGGGGCUACACCUGCCGCGUGAGGGUCCUGGAGAAGGAGAAGAGCAGCCGGGAGCAGAAGCUCACGGUCUCAGGCCUGAUGACCCCUAUUCUGUCGGCGACCCCCCGUGCCAUCUACGAAGGUCAGGAGGUGAAGGUCAGCUGCUUGGCCCCGGACGAGGAGGGCACCCUGAUAUUCCACCUGUACGUAAACGACAACUACAACCGGCCCGUCACCAGCGCGCCGCCCGGCACGGAGGUGGCCGUCAAGCUGACCACGCCGGGCAGCGCGCGCAUCCACUGCAAAACCACCCUGCUGGCCAACAUGGCGGCGGGAGAGUCCAACCUCAGCAACGUUGUCAACGUUAUCGUGCGCGAGCUGGAGGUCACGCCUACCAUCCACUUCUCACCCUCAUCUGUCAUCGAAGGCGACUUCCUGCGGGUUGACUGCGACGUGCCAAACUUCAACGAGCUGCCGGAGUCCGAGCGCUCCAAACUGGAGCUGUUCCUCACCAAAGAUGGCCGCAUUCUCAGUCAGGAGCGCGGCAAGCAGAAGUGUGGCCACACGCUGCGCACUGUCUCGGAGGAUUCUGGGAUGUAUGUGUGCAAGGCAGAGAUUGAGUACGUGCAGAAGACUACGAGUGGCACUGUCUCAGUGGAAGAGCUGUUUGCGAGACCGGAGGUGAGAGUAUCCCCUCCGGUGGUGUUUGAGGGUGACACCUUUACCGUGCGGUGUUCCGUCUCGUCCGUGGCUCCGUCCCGGGUCAACCUGACCACCGUCACGUACCGGCUCUUCCGGAACGACAGGGAGCUCCAGCGCGGGCAGCAGUACACUGCGGCGGCCGGUUCCGCUCACGACGGCGGCUACUUCUGCGAGGCCAACGCCAAAGAGAUCGUCAAGAAUAGCACGGAGGCCAUCGUGAAGGCUAAGAUGCACCCCUCCACCCCAACCAUCAGUGCGGAGGGCGGGGUGGUCAUCAUCGGAAAGCCGUUCCAGGUGUUGUGCCGCACCGGCAGAGGGAGCCUCCCCAUCACCUUCACCCUCGUGGGGGGUCAAAGGUCACCGCCUCCGCCGCCUCAGCGGGUGUACGCCCUCUCCGCCCUCUUCAACGUGUCGGCUAUCAGGAAGAGGGCGGAGCUGGCGGAGUUUUCGUGCCGGGCUCAGAACGACGCCACGCGACCCGUGGUCACCAGCAUGUCACUCAGAGCGGCAGUCACAGAGUUGGUCUCCAUGGCAACGCUGACGGUGGAGCCCUUUGGGGGCGGGGUCACGGAGGGGACGGACUUGAAGCUGACCUGCAAGGCCCCCCAGAGCUCGCCCCCCCUCAACUUCACCUUCUCACGCAGCCUGCAGGGGGCGCCGCUCGGCCAGCAGCAGCCGAUCCAAACGCUCGUCGUGCCCAGCGUCAACCAGGCCUCUUACAUCAUCCGGGCCAUUGACCGCGGCCAGGCUGGACAGUACCAGUGCCAUGCCGCCAACGCAGCCAACCAGAGGAGCAGCUCUAUAGUACACAUACAUGUGAAGCUGGCUCCGUGGAAGGUGGCCCUGAUCACCGUCUGUGCCAUUCUGCUGGUGGCGGCCAUCGGAGUCACCCUCCUCAUCCUCAUGAAGAGAAGCAGCCACCCCUGCUCACGGACCAAGAGAGUGGGAGAACUGUCAGUGAAACCAGCGAAGACCAAAUCAAACGACCCUCAGAGAGUGAGCCUCGUCCUGGAGGAACAGCCAGCACCCAACGCCACGCCGGGCAUGCUGGGUAGAAGUGUUUGGAGUGAGCACAUCUCGGGCUCAGGCUCAGACUCUGAGAGCCAGAGCGAGGAGGACCCCAGUGUGGAGGUGCAGUACACACAGGUGGCCCAUCCCCCGCAGACUGACACAACAACAGCAAUCACAGCACCACUGACCAAUGGCACAGACACGGAGUACAGCGAAGUACAGACCAUUAACGCAGACAGUCCUACACAGACUGAGGGGGCCUCUCUUGAAUACGCCGAGCUGAACCACAGCGAACCCGACCCAGAGUAGAGGGCCAGACACACUGAGUGUGCCACACAGACACACCCGCCCCCGAUCCACGGACACACA